AUGGUUAAAGAUACGAAAUAUUACGAUAUUCUCGGUGUACAACCGACUGCAACUGUGGAUGAAAUUAGGAAAGCUUACCGAAAAUUAGCUUUGAAAUUACAUCCAGACAAAAAUCCGGACAAUGAUCCAGAACAAUUCAAACAAUUAUCCCAAGCAUAUGAAGUUUUAUCUGAUGAAAAGAAACGAACUUUGUACGAUCAAGUUGGCGAACAAGGAAUGAAAGAAGGCGCAGGCGCUGGUGGAUUUCACGGAUCGGAUCCAUUCGACAUCUUCAAUAUGUUCUUUGGCGGCAGUGGUGGCGGUCCAUUCGGCGGUCGUCAAGAUAAUCGGGGAAAAAAUCUCGUUCAUCAACUUGCUGUUUCAUUAGAGGAACUUUACAAUGGAGCCGUUAGAAAAUUAGCUUUACAGAAAAAUGUUGUGUGCGACAAAUGUGAAGGCCGCGGUGGAAAGAAAGGUGCGGUAUCGAAGUGCACGACUUGUAAUGGAAGUGGCUUUGUCGUACGAGUUAAUCAAAUAGCGCCGGGAAUGAUCCAACAAAUGCGAUCCCAUUGUUCAGAUUGUGAUGGUCAAGGAGAAAAAAUCAAUCAGAAAGACAAAUGUAAAACAUGUGAUGGAAAAAAGAUCGUCCGGGAAAGAAAAAUCAUCGAAGUUCAUAUUGAUAAAGGUAUGGAAGAUGGAAAGAAAAUUACGUUUAGUGGUGAAGGAGAUCAAGAACCAGGACUCGAACCAGGAGAUAUUAUCGUUGUUUUGGAUGAAAAAGAGCAUGCGACAUUUAAACGAGACAAAACCGAUUUGCAUAUGAAAAUGCAAAUUACAUUAACAGAAGCUUUAUGUGGAUUUCAAAAAGUUAUUAAAACUUUAGACAAUCGACAAUUAGUUAUAACGUCAUUACCAGGUGAAAUCGUCAAACCUGGAGAUAUAAAAUGUGUAUUAAAUGAAGGUAUGCCUGUUUACCGAAAUCCAAUGGAAAAAGGUCGAUUGGUUCUGCAUUUCGAUGUGAAAUUUCCAAAUAAAAAUGAAUUACGAUCAGAAGCUAUUACACAACUAGAAAACGUCUUACCAGCACGUUCAGAAGUUACAAUACCCAUGGAUGCUGAAGAAUGUGUUUUGGUAGAAUUUGAUCCUCGACAAUCACAACGAUCGCAAAGACAUGAUAUGUAUGACGAAGAUGAUCCACGCGUUCGUGGUGGACCAACACAAGUUAAUUGUGCGACGCAUUAA